UCACAUUGGUCGCGUCGCACCGCUGCGCUGUCACCGUUUGUAACUGUAUGCAUUAUUACAAAAAAUUUACCGUUAUUUUGUGCUCAUUAACAACAACACCGGCAAGGCGAUUUUCUGUUCCGCAGUGAAAAUUUCACUAUAUUCAAUUGGUUGAUAUAUAGUGUUUUAUGAAAUGAAGAGUGAAGAAAUAUGUCGAAAACCGAGGAAGAAAGUAGAUUGAACAAGGACGUUUCAGCAAAGAUCCGAAACUCGCUGAAUUGUUCCGAUUGGGCUGAAUUUUCGGAAACCAUUAAUUCCGUACUAAUUGCCAACGACAGCCCAAAUCUUGACUGCUCGGUGCUUUCGUGGUUCAGUGAUGUGCAAUCCCAAAGCUCCUCCGAUACGUUACCUUCACCUCAGGUUUCUCCAGCCAGAGCAGAUGAGGAUGAGGGCGAAAUCGCCCGUCUUCAAAAUUUGAAUGCCAGUAAAUUUAUGCACUAUUGGGAUUUCCUCGAAGGCAAUGAUUCGGAUUGGGAAAUCAAAACGGAAUAUGACCCACGAGAGUACACUGAGGAAAGGCUGGUCCUUACAUCCGACUGUGUCCUCGGCGUUGAAGAGCAAAGAUCCAGGAGUUCAUGCGAACUCUACGACAAUACCUUGUUUUCCGGUGAGGCAAACAUUACCAAGCGAAGCGCCGUUAUGAUAAAAUCACUGUCAAGAACAAUGAACUACUUGCUAGAACAGGAAUCGUUAGAAAUGGAUGUUCCAAAAAGUCCCACCAAUAGUUUGUCUUCCGAUACAGCUUUACACUCUCGAGCGAGUCCGAACUUGAAAUUAGAGAACAGAUUGACAAUAUUGUGCAAACUCUCAAUAUUACGGACUCAAACGAGCCUAGAAAUGGUUCGGAAUCCGCUAGUGCGAUCAUACCAAUAAUGAUUGAUUAUUUGAAGAAUGAUAAGCAACCUGUGGUAGACAUCAGGAAUCCGGAUCACGAAUCGGAGAAAAUCGUUAAUCAGAUGGAUCUCUUCAUAGAUCAAAGCUGGGAUUCGGAUCAAAACUGUAGCUCCAGACCCCCAUGUCCCAUCCGAGGAAAAUUCAGCGAUAUCAAAUCAAGAUGAUGUUGAGAAACCCGUAAACGUAAAGUCAAGUGAUACACCUGCACUAGAAUCCAAUCGUGAUUCAAAUAGAUCCGUACAUACAUCAAUUACACUCGAAGAAGACCUGAGAAAAUCUACUGAAAUAGAGGAACAAGAAGAAUGUGAUAAAUCGCAAACCGUUUUAAUGCCAAGGGAGGACCAUGGAAAGCUAAUCCGCAGGAAUGCGUGGAUGCAGCAAACUUACAACCACAUCAAUCUGCUCUAGAACCAGUUACAAAUAUAAGUAUACUAACGACACAAGAUAUACGUCAGUUCGUAAAAGAAGCAACCGCGUUUAUCCUAGGUCAAACGGUAGUUGCUGAAGAUCAGACGCACGAUGGAUCGUUGGAUCGCACCCUGAUUCCGAACGAUGACCGGGACCGGGUAUCACAAGAAUCGAAAAUUUUCUCCUCCGUCAUUUCUCCUACUGAUCCGCUUGGGAACGAACAUCUAAAGUGGAACGAUUCCAGCACUUCCGAUUCGGUUGCAACGCCCUGCGUUGUUACGGCUACUGUUCCUAAGGCAGUUGUUUCCAUUGCCGGUGCGGCAGCAACCCCUAUUAAACUGGAUCCAAUAACCAAGAAUAUGCGGUACAAUCGAAGCCUUGACCGAAAGCAAGAGCCUAUAGGUGUAACUUCCUCGGCGCGAAAGACGGUGCAUUUCAAACUGACGCCACCUAGGGAACCCAACGAAAAAAUCAGCGAAGUUCGACCCAACAUCACACCAUGCUACCGAACACAGUGGUCCUCCAAGGCUGAAUCCGUUGAUUCAGAUCCAUACGAUGUGUACCAUAUCAAUGAUGAUGGUGACACAACAUUCGAGAAACUCUUUCCCGUUGCACCAUUAGACAAAAAUCAAACUGCUGCAACAAAGGAUUCAAAUGACAGUAGAGAAGCGUUAAUACAGACCCUGUUGAUGGAUCAAAAGAAAGAUUUCGAAGUAUCAAGUUUAUCAAUCAAAAAAUCGACAAGCCGAAAGCAACGCUGUAAUGAUAGUAAACGUAAGCCUCAGAAAACAACCUGACAAAAAACUUGAACAGCCAAAAUAUGAGUUAAUGGGUCGACCAACUAUCAAAGAAAUAAUUGAUGAAGUCAUAGUUGAAGGCCUCGGAGAACCUUUGGUAGUUACCGAUGGACAGUAUGGAUGCACAUAUCCAAACUCUUCUGGAGAUGACCCGUAAAGAUUUUGAAUCACCAGCACAGCAGACCAGGAAUCAUCGUAGUAAAAAGCGACCGAAAAUAAGCAUCAAAAUAAGCAAUCAGAAUAUAAGUUAAUCAACAAAGAGACGCUCACGGAAGCAAUGAAAGAGAUGCUGGUUACGUAUAAGUUGAAAACCACUAGAAUUGAACAACCGAACCCACUACUGACGAAAAGGCAGUACAAACAUGCGUUGAAAGGGUAGAUAAAGCCGUCGAGACACCACGCAAAUUUCCUACCGGUAAAAGCCGGAAGACGACUCGUAAACCAAAAGCGAAUGUGGCGACGAUGAAGAAUCAGCUGCCGGAGCCAGAUCCCGGAGAUAAGUGCGACAGAGAUGAGGGUUGUCGAUUCAAACAGACAACAUUGUCACAGUUUGUGAAGGAUCAGCGAGAAGAGCGGCCUGGUGGAGAAUCAACAAUACCGCAACCUGCUACAUCGAACUAUAAGCAACGUGCGGAUGUGAUAAAGAAGAAAGAACCAUACAGGGUACACGUAUCUUACGCCACAACCCCAAGCAUACACGCAUCGCCUCUAUCAUUUUCUCCAACAACCGACUUCGAGAGUGUUUCUAGCUCCACCAGUGCCAUGCAGCACAAUAGCUUUUUCCAACGGAUAGAUAAACUCCAUUUAUCCCCACCAGAUGGCUUCCAUAGCUCAGAAACGGACGAAGUUGCGCCUUCGCAGCGAACUGGCACAACUGUCCGUAUAGGUGGUAGUAGAUACGUUUGUUUCAUUCGUAAAGUUCCCACAAAGCCCGCUCACUCUAGGACAUUUGAUGUUGGCCAUCUCAACGACUCGGAAAUCUAUCUGGAAGAAUCUCUGUGCAAUAUACAGGCCAGUCUGGCGGAAAAGAUCCAUCACAAGACCUUACGGCCCCUUGAAAAACUCUACGACAUACCUGACCAGAUUAGCACGGACGACAUCGAGAAAAUUCUGAUGGAGGAUUUGGAUCCCUGUGAAGAUGAGGAUGAUGACGCGGAAAUAGAUUCCGGUAUGGACGAAACUAUAAAACCGGCAACGAUCAACGCCAUCCAAUAUAGGCACUGUAGCAGCGCGAAAGGAUCGCAGGAACCUCUCAGAUAUUCUCCGGGCUAUUCGCCGAUCCGUUUUUCGGAAACACCGAUCGCAGAAUGCGUCGAUCGAAUGGUAUUUCGAUCACCAAUAGAUUCGCCGGCGCGGAACAAGAAAAUUCCGCAACUUAGAGGUAAUUUUGUGUUGGAAGACUUUUAAGUUGUGUUUGAUGAUUUUAUUUGUUACAAACAAGAAUAAUGUAUAUUAUUGUAAGUAUUUGUUAAAUUGUUUUAUAAUAUACAAGCUAUUCAAAUGUAAA